AUGAAUUCUCUCGGUGGAGUAGCUACCGAACGACGAUUGCCUCCUCAACAAACGCAACAAUUUCUCUCGCAUUCCAACUUUCUCUCCUCGCCUUCCAACGCAACAAUUAUUGACGAAUCCCAGUUUCCAUCACUGGGCGCGAAAGGAACGUCCUCACUCGGCGGCGGAUUCUCACCAAUUCCAACAACGAGCGGAGGUGUUUUAAACGUUGCCCAGUCGUCGCCGUCGCGAGAUCCCUACGCGGCGCACCGAGCUAACUAUGCUAACCUGAUGCGAUCGGACCCGAGUCUAACAAAUUCCGAGUUCCAAAUACAGAACGAGGAUUUUCCCGCGCUUCCCGGCGUCGGUGGUGGCCAAUCACAACGAACAAUGCUCGGAGAUCAACUGGCGAAUAUGCUGCCCGACGACCAUCAAGUGAAUUUCGCCGGACCAUUAGGCGAUUGUGACCCUUCGAGGCUGGGCGGCUUAUCAAGAACAAGUCAAGAAGGCCCUAUGCAUGGAAUUAUCACCCACCCGGAUGGCGAAGUGACGAACAUACCCGCCUCAAUGCUUGCCGAUCAAUUUGGAAUGGCUGGCCUGGUGACAUACCUCCGGACAGUCGACAACCCGUCCAUCGUCUCACUGGCGUUGGGUUACGAUCUGACGACGUUGGGCUUGAAUUUGAAUUUGGCAGAGCGAAACAUGCACCGAAGCUUUGGCGGACCGUGGGCGGACUCACCGAUUCGAGCGCACGAGUUAGACGUGAAAGUGCCCGAAGAGUACAUGACACAUAAUCAUAUUCGAGACAAACUGCCGCCUCUUCGAUUGAGUAAAGUGUCCGAAGAUGUGUUAUUCUAUUUGUUCUACAAUUGUCCAAACGAGAUUUAUCAGGUGGCUGCCGCGUGUGAAUUAUAUAACCGCGAAUGGCGAUUUCACAAAAGCGAACAAGUGUGGCUGACACGUUCCCAAUACGGUGGUGUGAAAGAGCAGACGGGCCAAUACGAGAAGGGACACUACAACGUGUUCGAUCAAAUGCAGUGGCGAAAAAUUCCGAAAGAGUUGAAGUUGGAGUACAAAGAGUUGGAGGACAAACCAAAGUUGCCGAACGCGGUCGCUGGUCAGCCCGCCCAUUUCAAGUACUUCUUCCAGGGACCACAAUUCCCAUCUGGUCCCGAGACGGGUCUCAUGCUUCAGAUGCACAAUUUGGGCGUCGGCACCGGACAGAUCACUCCGCCGAUCCCGACGGGUCUUAAUGGAGUUAUGGGCGGCGGUGUGGUGGCGAAUGGUGGUGGAGGGGGCGGAGCUCCGGGAGCGCCUGGGGGAGUGAUUGGUGGAAUGGUGCAGCAGCAAGGACAAGGACAACAACAGGGACCUAUCAACCCAUCUGCCAGAGCUACACCUAAUUAG